AUGGCAUCCAAGUUUUUAAGAGAGUACAAGCUGGUUGUAGUCGGCGGAGGAGGCGUGGGCAAAUCUUGCCUGACCAUUCAAUUGAUACAGAGCCAUUUCGUCGACGAAUAUGAUCCUACCAUCGAAGAUUCGUACCGCAAGCAGUGCGUUAUCGAUGAUGAAGUCGCUCUACUCGACGUGCUUGAUACAGCCGGCCAGGAGGAAUACUCGGCUAUGAGGGAGCAGUACAUGCGCACCGGCGAAGGUUUCCUUCUCGUCUACUCGAUCACGUCCGAUCAAAGUUUUGAGGAGAUCCGUACUUUUCAACAACAGAUUCUACGAGUCAAAGACAAGGAUCCUACAGACUAUUUCCCGAUGGUUGUGGUGGGCAACAAAUGCGAUCUGGAGAGUGAACGCGAGGUCCCCCGACAAGAUGGUGAGGCUCUUGCGAAGCAAUUCGGAUGUCCUUUUGUUGAGACCUCCGCCAAGUCCCGAACAAAUGUCGACAAGGCAUUCUUCGAUCUCGUUCGAGAAAUUCGCCACUACAACCGCAACAUGCAAGGUCUGUCGACGAACAGUGGCGGUAACGGUGGUUUGAAUGGCCCGGGUACUAAGAUGGAAGUGAGCGAGGGCGAAGCCGAAGCUGGUUGCUGCUCUAAGUGCAUAGUCCUAUGA